AUGGCUCCCUCCAUAACUCCUACGCACGGUGUCAAGCUCAACCCUCUCUUUACUGGUUCUUCCAGCGGGGAACGCUAUCACGCACCAGUUCCCAUAGAAUGGGAUGUGCGCUACCAUCCAACACGUUCUGCAGAAAUAGCAAACAUGCCUCUGUUGUCAUCCCACCUGUCACAAUUUGCAACUAAUCCACCUAUUCCAAAGUUGCACCUUUGCAGAACUGUGCUAGAAGCGAUUUAUGAGACACUCCGCCAACUUGUGCGGGGGCAUGAGUGGGAGGGCAUGUCGCUCAAGCAGCGCGGCCGGAUUGAAGAUAUACACCGCGCGCGAUGCAGGGCGUCUUUGUACCCUGAGCACGCACGUUUAGCGGGUGUCCGCCGAGCGGACUGUCUGCUCUCAACGACCAUGUUCGCUGGACUGACCUCGUUGGUCAGGAGGAGAGAGCAGUGGCAAGUGGUCCUCACGCUGUCACGCGAUUUCAGACCCCGCGUGCACUAUUAG